AUGUAUUAAACACCGAAUGAGAAAUAAAAAUACUUUUUUUUUUAUUGGAAUAAAUAAUGACUUCUCCACUAUAAAAUAAGACAAACUCUAUCCUAUCUCACCACCCAACUUCCUUUUUCGGUAUUCCAUCCACUAAGCACUCAACACCACCAAAAAAUAAAAGUUGGAAACCAUAGUGAGUGAGUUGAAGAAAAAUGGCAGAAAACAAGGAAGAAGAUGUUAACCUUGGAGCAAACAAGUAUAGAGAGACACAACCAUUAGGGACAGCAGCACAAACAGACAAAGAUUACAAGGAACCACCACCAGCACCUUUGUUUGAGCCAGGAGAAUUGUCAUCAUGGUCAUUUUACAGAGCUGGAAUAGCAGAGUUUAUGGCAACUUUCUUGUUUUUGUACAUAACAAUCCUGACUGUUAUGGGACUUAAAAGGUCAGAUAGUUUAUGUUCUUCUGUUGGUAUUCAAGGAGUUGCUUGGGCUUUUGGUGGUAUGAUCUUUGCUUUGGUGUACUGUACUGCUGGUAUCUCAGGAGGACAUAUUAAUCCAGCUGUGACAUUUGGUUUGUUCUUGGCAAGGAAGUUAUCUUUAACAAGGGCACUGUUCUACAUAGUGAUGCAAUGUCUUGGUGCCAUCUGUGGUGCUGGUGUUGUUAAGGGUUUCAUGGUUGGACCUUAUCAGAGACUUGGUGGUGGAGCCAACGUGGUUAAUCCUGGUUACACAAAAGGUGAUGGACUUGGUGCUGAGAUUAUUGGUACUUUUGUCCUUGUCUACACUGUUUUCUCUGCUACUGAUGCCAAAAGAAAUGCUAGAGAUUCACAUGUUCCUAUUUUGGCACCUCUUCCAAUUGGAUUUGCGGUGUUCUUGGUUCAUUUGGCCACCAUCCCAAUCACUGGAACUGGUAUCAACCCCGCCAGGAGUCUCGGAGCUGCUAUCAUCUUCAACCAAGACCAGGCAUGGGAUGACCACUGGAUCUUCUGGGUUGGACCAUUCAUUGGAGCUGCUCUUGCUGCGAUUUAUCACCAAAUAAUCAUCAGAGCUAUUCCAUUCAAGAGCGGCAGGUCUUAAGGAGUUCGCGCAUUAGCUUAUUUUCAAGACUUUUGUGUACAACUCUUCUCUGUUUUCCCUGUAUCUGCUGGUGUUGUGUUGUCUAGUGUGAUUUUUCUACUCUUCAGAUGUCAAUUGUGUGUGUAAUUUAUCAGGUUAAUGAUUGUAUCUGAACUCUAAAGCUUAAUUUCUUGCUCCAUUUCAAAUGAAGGAUUCUAAUCUCUCUCUUUUUCGUCUUA